GUCAGGCCAGGCUGGAUGGCAGCACCUGGCUGCUGCAGCCUCUCGGCUACUUUUCAGGAGUACUUGCGGCACCUGGCGCUGCAGGACUUCCCCUGUGGCCUUGGCAGCUGGAACAAAUCCUGCCUCAGUGGCCACAGGAGCCCCCGCAGGGUCCAGCCCGGGCAGGAGGAGGCUGUGCUGGAUGAGGAGACCCCCGAGGCGCUGCUGGAGCUGCUGAGGGACCAGCACAGCCCCUGGGCACUGCCCCAGGACUGCAGUCCCCAGGACCAGCUCCUGAAGGAGAUGGCCGUGCUGGCACCAGAGCUUGUCCAUGGCUCCAAAGUCUACCAGGUCCUCAAGUCCCUGCGGAUGGUUGACAAGGGAGUGGAGGAGGUCGAUGAGGGUGUGUUGCAGUUCCAGCAGCUGGAGGAGCUCAUCCUCAGUGCCAACCAGAUCAGCAGGAUCACCUCGGCCAACCUGCCCCGGACACUGAAGGUCCUGGAGCUCUGCUGCAACACUGUGGGCGAUCUGGAGGACCUGUGCUCUCAGCCUCCUCCAGAGCUCCAGCACUUGGGGCUGGGACACAACAGGCUGUGCGGCCCUUCCCAGGACAAGUUCCUCACUGAGGAUUUCUGGCCAAACCUUGUCUCCCUUGACCUGAGCUUUAACAACCUCACGGAUCUGCUGGGGCUGGUCUCCCAACUGUCCAGUCUGCAGAAGCUCCGCAUCCUGGUGCUCCAAGGGAACCCCCUGGCUUUCAUCCCCACCUACAGAGGCUUCCUCGUGGACAGCCUGCCCAAGCUGUCCCUCCUCGAUGACAUCUACAUAGGGCCUGAUGAGAGGCAGCAGUUCCAUGGCUUGGCAAGGCAGCCAGAACUAAGCAGGAGUGAAGCUCGAGUGGUUGUGACUGUUGGGGAGAUGAAGGGAGUCCCUGAUCCCAGUGCUCUCCAGCAGCUGGAUGUUGACUCAGAGGCCCCAGUGAUCACCUGCAGCUACUUUGUCACCUACGAGUUUGCAGAGGGAGAGGAGCUCGAGUAUGAGAGCAACACUGAGGUAACAAAAACCCACCAGAGUUCCAUGGUGACCAUGCUGGAUGUGGACAGCUCUGCUCAGGACACAGGAGAAACAAAGAACCAGCAGGACCCUGCAGCCAUGGAGGAGCCAAAGACUCGCUCUGCAAAGGUGUUUGCCACCCCUGGAAAGCCCUGGGCAGACACCAUCGACUGCAGCUACAUGAAGGAGCACAUUACCAAGGACUUGGUGGGGCUGAAGUCCUACCUGGCAGCGGGAACAAUUGUGUCGGUUGUGGAGGAGAAGGUGCUCUCAUGGCCUGUAGAUGCUGACCCAGAAGAAAACUCAGUCAUGAAUAAGAAGGAAGGACAGGACAGUGCCAAGCCUCCUGCCUCCAAGGACAAGAAAAAGAAGCAGCAGCAGCAGCUGCCACGUGAACUCCGCAGUGACCCUCCCAUUCUGAGCACCCUGGGCACCACCAGGGUGACCUUGGAGGCCCUGCUGGCCACCGAGGACCUGGUGGCAACUGUGUGUGACUUUGGGAUCCUGAUCACUGAGAAACCACCAGAAUCACCAGUUCCAGAGGAGAAGGAUGAGAAAAAAGGCAAAGACAAGAGCAAAAAAACAAAAGAAGAAGGAAAAGGAAAAAACAAAGACACUGCUGAGCUGGAGGAAGGUCAAGAGCUCCAGCCGGUGCCACUGACAGUUCAAUUCCAGAUGCAGCUGCUUCGGUGGCCCUUGGCAGUCAGUGCCCAGAGCCAGGAGAACGAGGCCGUGGCAGUGGAGAAAACCCAGUAACGUGUCCAUAGCCGGGUGAGAAAUAAACCACACGGGAACGCUGCGUGGAUCCUGGUUGAGCCGAAUCGCCAGAGCUGGGAGAUCCCUCUGGGUUUGUGGUGGUCUGGGGCUGCUGCUGAGCUUCUGCCGGAGCUGCGGUGGGCAGGGGCUGGU